GCAGGCUGCACAAUGAACAACACAUAUAAGACUCCCGGCCCUGCCUUCCCACUGUACCCAACCAGCCGCCACUUUCCCUUCUGCCAUACCUAUAGCUCGCUGAAAACACCCGACCAAUUCUUCUCCCUCACUUGAUAUCACCAAUUCCUCAACAUCUCGCGAUGUUUUUGCGUACGGUUCACUUCGCCAUUGCUUUGGCGACAGCGGCUUCAUCCUUCAGCAAGGCCGAGUCGUUAUCCCCUCGUAGCGAUACUGCUUUGUUGAGCCCCAUGAGCCUCAAAAGCAUCCAUGAUGACGAUAGCAUGGUGCUUCUUGAGAGGUAUCAGAUGGGCCGCCCCGGCGCUCAGACGAAAGCAACUGUCGAAAUUUACUCGGUCAAGUCGGCCGGCACCUCACUCGCCAAGCGGAAUUCCACCACCGAGAUGCCAGGGAUAACUAAGCCACUAGACAUGACCCCUUCAACAUGCACCUCCCAAGUCUGCUAUCCUGGCUCUUUCGAAGGACCCAAGAAAACCGAUUGCGACGUUGUUGUUGACGCACAACUCUACCAUUCUGUUGGAAGUUUGAGGUCCAAACCAGGUCAAUAUGUCCUUGUCUACUCUGGAACCUGCGUGGUUGUCUUCCAACAUCCAAUGGGCAAGGGUGACAACAAAUUUGUCUUGGAGUACAACUGGGCCAACUUGGGGAAGAUCAUGGUGGAUAUCCAAAAGCAAUGCGACAAGCCCGAGUCUCUAUCCAUCGGUGGUGUAUGCAAAAUUGAGCAUUACUUGAAGUACACAUUCGAGAAUGUCCUGAUCAGUCUCCAGCGUUAUGUUGCCCCGGAGAAGCCGCAAAAGCCAAUAACCUCGGGACAGCCGGACAAGCCAGAAAAGCCUGAUGACAAGCCAGCAAACCCGGAUGACAAGCCAGCAAACCCGGAUAAGCCACAAGACCCUGCUGCUAAGCCUUGAAGCUUCACCGCUCUCCUGUGCCAUUCUAAUGAUCCAUCCCUUAUCAACUACGAUGCGUUCUCCAGACCUUCUCCAUUCUCCACGAGGAACCUGAUAGAUAAUUGGACCGUGUCUAACGCUGAAGGGGUGUGGACAUGAAGUGUUGUAGUAUCCUGUUUUCAGUCAUUUUAUGAAACCCAAUGGAAUGACACUCCGCAAUAUAUUCUGUCUUUUAUUUUCCUUUUACAUAUUAACCCAAGCAAACCCAUGAUUAGAUGAUGAAUAGGGAGUUGUUGCUUGUCCUGAGCGAAAGCAACUCUGAAAAAAACCUGAGCAUUCAAACAACAAGGAAAUACGUGAGCCCAAGCUCCUCGGUGGGUAUGGAAUAAAUGAUUAUUUGCCGGUUCUCAAUGGUUUAGCAG